AUGGCCCUACCCUUCUGGCCCCUCGUUGGGGUGUUGGUUGUAGUGCUCUAUCUACUUCAACGACCACCAGCUUCCAGUCUGAGACAUAUCCCAACUGUCAAGUACAAUGCGUAUCUACCAAACUUUAUCAACCGACUCAUCUACUACCCCAAAGCUGCCUCGAUGAUCAGUGAAGGAUAUGAAAAGUACAAAGAUAGUCCAUUUCGCCUGCUCACCGGCGAUGGAGAAGUCAUUGUCCUGCCAGUGAAAUAUCAGGAUGAACUGAGACAUCUUCCUCCUUCGAAACUCAGUUCUCUACAUGCCCAAUAUGAAAACGCGUUGGGCCAGUAUACCAACAUCAUCAUCAAUACCCUUUUACCUGCUAUGACCGUGCGGAAAAAGUUGACGCCCAGUCUAAGCCGAGUCGUCCCCGGGGUCAUCGACGAGUUGCGAGCAGCGUUCGAUACUGCUCUCCCAGGAUGCGAAGACACCUGGAUUCGAAUCAACCCAUGCGAGCUGUUCACCCGGCUAAUCGCCCUCUCGACAUCCCGCAUGAUGGCAGGUGACAUCCUCCGCGAAAACGAAGAAUGGCUCAACGUCGCAAGCAACUACGCCGUGAACGUAGGAAUCACCAUUCUCCUUCUCCGUCCAGUCCCCAAAUACCUCCGUCCCAUCGUAGCGCCCUUCCUCCCCAGCGUCCGGAAGAUGAAGAAGCAGUUGCGCUUCGCGAAAGACCUCUUUAUUCCGAUGAUCCACGAGCGCAGGCUGGCAGAACAGGCCAAAGACCCCAAUUAUACCAAGCCAGACGACUUCUUGCAGUGGAUGAUGGAUCUGGGCCAGGAGAAGAACGAGGACCUGGAACCGGAUACCCUGGCACAUCACAUGCUGCUCUUGGUAACACUGGCUGUUACUCACACCAGCACGAUGGCCUUGUGCCACUGCCUCUUUGAUUUGGUUACUAGACCAGAAUACAUUGAGCCCCUGCGGGAAGAAAUGACCCGGACUCUACCUGAUGGCUGGUAUAAGGCGACUCAGGCGGCGCUUAAGGACCAGUCCCGUCUGGACAGCUUCUUGCGCGAAUCUCAACGAUUCGCUCCGCCUGGUGAAUUGAACUUCCACCGCAUCGUCAAAGAACCAAUCACGCUCCAUGAUGGCCUCGUUCUUCCAGUAGAAACACAUAUCUGUUUCGCUGCCGGUCCGAUUAGCAAAGACGCUGCCUUUAUCAAGAACCCCAAAGCCUUCGACGGGUUUCGCUGGUGUCAUGACCCUCGGGAUCGCUUUGUCCUGACUCCUCAGCUAGCAGAAUCCACUAUCCCGAAUGGUGCUGGCGAGGAGAUGCAAGCCGAGAAACCGUCUUCCGCCCAUUUCGUUUCUAUCACCAAUACUAACAUGCAUUUCGGGUUCGGGCUCCAGGCGUGUCCCGGUCGGUUCUUCGCGGCGAAUACUUUGAAGGCGAUCUUGAGUCGUAUCAUCCUCGACUAUGAGUUUAAGUUUCUUAAAGAUCUAGAUGGGAAGAGACCUAGCAACCUUGUAGUUGGGGAGCAUAUUCUUCCGAGUAUGAAUACUGAGAUGCUGUUUCGGAAAAGGCCUAUUGGACUUUGA